AUGUUUCUUGAGCGCCGAGCGUUUUAUUUGUGAUUUUAGCACGGCGCUGAGAGGUCCACGUCGCUCAAUCGCUCCGUGCCCGCCUGCCAGCUCCAAUUCGAAAACGACGUAAACCCAGCGACGUUCGCCAGCGCGCGUAAUUCAAAGUUAUCAACUCGAAACACUGUUUUCCCGGAAAAAGUGCAGACCGUUUUAAUGUGUGAAAUACAACCAACUGAGAAGUAAUAUUUAAAAUAGUGACAAAACCAUUAUUAGUUGGAGAACAAAACAGAUAGUGCCAGCCAUGUCGUCCAAGUACUGUGAUGCCGCUUUGGGUCGCUCCUACGCCUGCUCGUCCCGCUUCCCUUCGGGACACCUGCUGGCCGCCCUCUGAUCGCCCACGCCGCCCAGUGAAUGACUGACAGGGAUCGUAGUACCGCCCUGAACAUAAACUCCAACGCGAUACCUUUUUUUUCGUUUUCCAUCUAUUUGGAUAUAAACGUUGUGAAACUGAGAACGGCCCAGCCGAAAAUGUGCACUGAGGUGAAUUCCGCGAUGGGUCUUCAAGCAACAGCCGCCACCAAGCGGAAGCAUGAGCUGACCUUCGACAGCAAGGAUGCCAACACCACCUACACGGGCAACUGUGCCCCGCCCCCCGUCAAGGCCAACAAGUGGGCCAUCAGCAACAACAACUACCUGGAAUCGCUCGAGGAGCAGCAGCAACAGCAAUCGCCAACGGAGCCAGCUGUCGAGUCCAACAACAACCACAUUGUGUUGGACGCAUCCAUGGAUGCCAUGAAGCCAACGGAGCCAAGUAUUAGCAAUGGUCAUGAAGUUACUACCGCCGUCGCCGCCCUGAAGAGCCAAGCGGAGGUUCCACUGCCGCCGACGGCGAGUGCGGCGAUUCCGGAGGACAGCAUCGCCCGGUUGGAAGUGGUGGCCGCCUCGGCCGUGCCCUGUGAGCCCUGGACGGGCAAUGGGUCCACGACCCCAUCGGCGGUGUCCGGAUCCAAUGGAUCCGCCGAACCCGUUGACUGCAUCUCCAAGCUGCAGGCCGUGGCGGUGCCCAGUGAUCCGUGGGGCAGCAUCGCCACCCGAUCCACGCUGGCCACCACUCUGCUCAGCGCCGAUGAGCUGGACGACGACGAUGAUGACUUUGAGGACGACUACGAGGAGGAGGAGAGCAUCAUCCCGACCUAUUGUCCCAUGCGCUAUCAUACCUUUGUGCCGCACCCGCACCCUCUUCCGCACCAACUGCCGCCUCAUCCCCACCAGCAGCAGCAGCAGCAGCAACUGUCCCAGCAGCAACCACAUCCCCAGCAGCAGCAACAACUCGCCCAGCAGCAGCAGCAACAGCAUCCGCAGCAGCAGAGGAGCUACGCCCCUGGCUAUGGAAGCAGGCAGCCCAACUACUACUCGGAGCCAUUCCCGCAGCAGAAUUGCUCGCGGACCGGAGGACCCCAGCACAUGACCCAAUCCCCGCCCACGCCGCAACAGGCGCGUGGCUUUGCACCACCUCAGUGGGCGACGGCGGGCGGCAGUCCGGGUCCGGCCAAUCCCUCGGUGGGCGUGGCAGCCCAGCAGUUCUAUGAGGCGACCAACGGAGGAGCCUAUUCCCCACCAGCGGCGCCACAGCAAACGAUACGUUGUGCCGAGAACGGAAAGUCGUAUCUGGAUCUGGGCUGCAGUAGUGGGGCAUCCGGUGCCGCCGGAGGAUCACCCAUCAGUCCACCGCCCUCGUCGGCGCCCGUGGUUCCAUUUGCCGGCCUGCCACUCCAUGGCCUGCCCCUCAAGCGCUGCUGUGAUGGCAGAGCCGGUGGCUGGUGCAGUGCCAACAGGAGUUGCUACAAGGACACGCGACUGAAGAUACGCAAUCUGUCCAUGUUCAAGCUCUCCCGCUUCCGCCAGGUGUCCGAGCAGUCGCUGUACCGCUCUGUGCUCAUCUGCAACACGUUGAAGCGGAUCGAUCGCGAGAUCGAGGCGGAGGCCAAGGAGUUGCACCAGGCGGCGCAGCAGCAUCACCAGCAGGCGGCGGCAGCAGCAGCCGCGGCAGCAGCGGCGGCGGCUCAAGCGGCACAAUACCACCCAGCCUACCAGCAACAACAACAGCAGCAAUCCCCGCCAGCUCCACUGCAUCCACAUCCCCAGCAGCAGCAGCAGCAGCAGCAACAGAUGGACUAUGCGCCCGUUUUGAACUGUGCCCGCUUGGCCAACAUGGACCACUACCAGCAACUGAGUUUCCAGCCCCAGCAGCAACAGCAACAACAGCCGCCCAGCCAACCGCAUGGCUACCAUGAGCGUUUGGAGAGCCAGCCCGCCUACAGGGGCGUGGCAGCGGGAGCGGGCGUCUUCAGCACGCAGCCCAGCAACUGUGAUACAUCGGCGGGUGCAACAAGCAGCAAUGCCAGCGGCAACACCAACAACUCCUCAGCGACAACAGCGACGUCGGCAAACGGCAGCAGUAGUUUGCAUCCCUACGAUCACUAUCCCUUUCGGGAGUUGCAAUCCGGUCGAGCCACGCCCUUUCCCGCCUGCCCCACCACCACAGCAGCAGCGGCAGCAGCUUCGGCGGCAGCAGCAGCGGCAAGCGGAGGAGCAGCAGCAACCCUGAGCAACAGCAACGUCAGCAGUUCCCCCGCCACCAGCAGCAGUAGCAACCACAACAACACCAGUUCCUCGACGGUGAUGAGCAGCAGUAGUGGGAAUACUUCGAGCAGCAGUGCCAGCACGCCACUUGCCCCUGUUGCAAGCAGCAACAACUGCGAUACCAGCGAUUCGGGCUAUGCGGACGAUGACUCCACGCGAUCCAUCAACUGGAGCUCGGUGCUCAGCCUGAGUUCGCAGUCGGCGCUGGAUCCGCUGAACAACAACGAUCUGUUUAGCAUACUGCCGGCGGCGGCCACGCCCACAGCGGUGCCGGUUGUUUCAGUGCCCGCCAGCAGUUCCAGCUCAUCGUCGGGCUCCACGUUGGCCUUCAGUGGCAGCUUCACCACCGUUCAGGCGAACAGCGGGAACAGCAGCUCGUGCGGCAGCAGCUCCACCACUGCCACCUUCACCACCCUGUCCACCAUCUCGUCGGCCACCCACUCGCUGACCUCGUCGUAUGUGAGCAGCAUUAGCUCGAAUGUGUCGGCGGGCGCCAAUACCUGGGAGUACGGAUUCCUGGACAUGGAGUUCGGCCUGGGAUCGGAGUUCACCGAGCUGGUGCCCAGCUGCAAGCUCAGCUCCGAGGAUCUGUUCAAGAGCGGACUGGGCGGCCAGGUGGUGGCCGCAUCCCGCCUGCACGACAACGAGCUGGAGCAGCCGGCCCACAUCAUGGUCGGCAGUUAGUAUCAGUUGUAGACGAUGACGACGAGGACGAAAACGAUGACGACGACGACGACAACGGAUCCUCAGCGGAUGGCGGCGUGCUGGUCGCGUCGCCUGCUGGCGCCCACUAGCAAUUCCAAGCAGUAUUGAAUCGACGAAACGGGGGAGGG